AUGAACGUCGAUGCUGUAUUCAUAUUAAUCAUGGAUUUCAAUGAUAUCAACCUCAACGAAUUCGAUGCACGGAGACGGGACUGGAUCAGACUAGGCUCCACCUCCGCCGAAGGCAUCUACCAGCUAGCGGGCCGUUACCGAAAUAAUCGGGAUGACCGCUUGCUGCGUUCUAUGCACUGCGGUUCAUUCAAUUUCAGUUGGCGUCUCCACUCGGAUGAUGGGGGUGAGGACUGA